GCUGGGCAAUGCCAUGUCAGAGGACUACCUUCUGUGAUACACACUGCCCGGGUCUGCACAGCUGCCGGGAGUGUGACGUGCAAACUAGGUUAUGCGAUUUCAUAUACAACCCCGCUAGCGCCCUCUAGUGCUCGCUUCCUGCAGUGUUCUUCUAACGUUACACGAUGUGACCAAUCACCUAGCAGGAAGUUGCCGAUCUGACCAAUCAUGAGGCGCAGUGACAAGGAACAGGAAGUGGCAGCGGCUGGGGAAAGAUGAGAAGAGAGGAGCUGGCAGUGCGAGGAUCAGUCUAUGGACGGGAGUUCUGCUUCGGUGAGGAUCGGAAGCCUUACAGAUGUGAGAUCGGAUACUGCUGCGGGGACGCCGAGUGCUGCACAUACUACUAUGAGCUGUGGUUGAUGCUUCAUCAGUACAAUUAUGUUGGGUUCUGGUUGGCCUGGACUCUCAUUAUCCUGGCUGGAUGUUGUUGUGCCUGUCGUCAUCGCAGAGUUAAACUGAGACACCAACAUGAGCUGAGACAACGUGAGAUCAGCCUCAUGGCCUACCAGGGGUUUACGCCACCUGCUGCUACUUUAGAACCCUGGCCCAACUGCAAGCUGCCUACCUAUGAUGAAGUGACACAGGAUCCCCCCACUCCCCCACCACCCUACAGCGAGAUUCUGGAUGAGGUUCCCACAGGUGAAGGGAAUCCUACUGAAGCCAGCAUCACAAAUCUGGACCAAGCAUGGUCCCACCACGGAGAACCUUCGCCUGAGGCACAGGGGUCUACAGUAGACCAUAGCCAGCCACACCAUGACCAUAUGGAGCAAGAGAGCCUAAGUGCCUUGGAGAGAAGACGUCAUGUCACGGGUGACUCUGGGAUUGUACUGUGCGAUGAGAAGGUGGCGUGCAUGAGUGAGAGAGAAGAGACUGCAUUGUGUAGAGGUUAUAUCAGUGUGGAUACUGGUGCAUCCACUGCAUGAGAGGUAGAUAGGCUCUAGGGGGUCAUACAUGAUGGAAGGGGCUGUACUCCCCAAGGACAUUUACUUACAAGGGCUGUUACUCCAGGGGGAGCAGAGGCCUCGCCAACCCUGACGACCCUCUUUCUUGGCACUAUUCUUGCACUGACGGCAUCUUCUUGCAGAGCUUUUGCACUUUGUUUUUGUUUGUGAGUGGAUUUGAUAGAGAAUAUGAGUUUGUAUUUACAUUUUUUUUUUUUGUAUAGAAUUAGACACACUUUGUUAUAGACAUCAUAAGGUUACGUAAUAUUGUAACUCAUCCAUCAGUACAUGGUCUCAAAGGGGAGAGAGCUAUGUCUGCUUAUCUGAGAAUACGGAAAAUAAACCAGCUCAUUUCAAACCCUGUGAA